CUCUGGCCUCUCUGGCCUCCUAUGAAGUCGCCCCAGAUGGCCAAUCAUAUAGCACAAGAGAGCAGAGAGGUUCCAGAUUUCAAGGAACCUCUGCAAGCCAGCUAGAGCAAGACCAUCCAUCUCCCCUUCGUUCCCUCUGCAGCAAUAACGCCGGCCGAUCGAUCAAUGGCACCUGCAUCGCCGCAUGGCGAGCACUUCGCGGAGGUGGUGUUGGUGCGCCAUGGACAGACGGAUUGGAACGUCUCCCGCAUCAUUCAGGGACGGAUCGAUCAGGAGCUGAACGAAACUGGUAGGCAGCAAGCUGCCAAGGUUGCCCGUCGUCUGUCGGAAGAAGCCAAGCCAGCUGCCGUCUACUCCUCUGACUUGAAGCGUGCUUCCGAGACUGCGCAAACGAUCGCAGAGCAUUGCUGCGUAUCUGAUUCUGAUCUGGUGAUUGAUCGGGCACUGACGGAAAGGCACAUGGGAUUGUUCCAAGGUUGGACCAUUGACGAUGCCAAGAGAUCUGAAGCUUACAAGGCUUUCGCAUGCGGUGGCAGAGACCAAGAAAUACCUGGUGGCGGGGAGAGUCUUGAUCAACUUUCUGAGCGUUGUGUUUCCCGCUUGAACGAAAUCGCCAAGAAGCACAAGGGUGAGCGGGUGGUCGUCGUCUCCCAUGAGGCAGUCAUAGAGGAAAUCUGCAGGCACGCCGAUCCAACGAUCUCGGUUGGCAAGAAAAUUCCUAACACCUCAAUCAGCGUUGUCCAUAUCUCCGGUUCCGAUGGCCGUUGGAUCCUGGAGAAGUUCGGGGACGCCGGACACCUCACCGGAGAUGGCUUCCCGCAUAGUGCAUUUGGUGAUGGUUGGAUGCGGCUUGAGGGCUACAACCCCGCCAUUCAACGGCCACAAUGCCGCUUGCCGCGGCGUUUUGAGGUUCUUCAAUUCGUGCCGCGUCCACCGUCUCUGCCCUCACGCCGCGGCCGCCGACCGCCUCCGCCUCUCCGUGUUUUUACAUUGCAUUUUCUUGGGCGUGUGGUCUAGUAUAAAUGUCAUGAACUUGAUGUAUCAUCACUCUGCAACCGUGUUUCGUUUGCUUGGCUGAAUAGCAAUCAUCAGCAUUCUGGUACAACAAACUUGGAAGACUUUUAGACUUGGAGCAGAAACCAAUUAACGCGCUGUUGCUCUUCCCGUGUUUCUUUCUAACUUAAAUAAACCAAGACGAGAUUACAGUCA